CCAGACGCACUGUACUUCCUCGAAAGCGAUUCUCCCGCUGUUACGGAGGAAAGAAUUCGCCAGGCCAUUGAAGAAGCGGCGGACAACUGGUCUCCACGAACUGUCUCUUCGUUCGGAAGCAAUGCGAGCAGACGACGCAAUGCGACUAACCACACAGCUGCAACGACUCCUGACUACAGCGAGAGCGGAAACGGUCAACCGCAGGAUCUUCCCACGGCUGGGCCAGAGUCAACAGAGGCGUAUCAUUACCAUCAACCAUCCUUCGGCAGCCCGACUCAUAAAGCUUACCGGAACACCCGCACCCACCAAACUCACGGAAGCAUCAGAGACCGAGAUCGCUACGGGACUCCCGAGAUGUCCCGCGGCCCGGCCAAACACCCCCACGUCUCCCCGAGCGAGCUCCAGCCCCGUCUCGUACCCCCCGGCCAAGGCUACCCCAAGCAUCUCCCACGCGCCGAAAAGUUGCCCAUGUCAGGUUACGAGCUUCUCGCAGCAAAGCUGUCCACACCCAAUCACUGGCCAGCGCGACGCGGGUCUAGCGGAAGCGGCUCCCAGGGCUCUCAGGAUAGCAAUAAUAGCGGAAACGACGAGUCAGCUAGAAACGGCAUCAAGCCGAUCUACCGAAAGUUCGAAGCGCUGAACCACCGGCUGUUGUUGCACCUGCAAGACGAGCUGAGCGAGUUGGAGGAGCAGCUGCACCGGCUCGACACUGCAGAUACUCAAACGCGGAGACUACAGAACUGUAUCCUCCCGGCGUCGAGACGGGCGGAAUUCAUGGCGGGCGGGGAACUGCAGUGGCGGAAGACGGAUCUCUUGGGGAAAGUCGGGUUUAAAUUGGGCCAGUAUAACAAUGCACUCGAAGGCUUUACCAAUACCCUCUCUCUCUCACCCGCAUCUGUCCACGACAUCGAAGACUACCGCACCUACCUCGCCACGCACAACCCUAUCGCCGAAAUGGAAACGCGGUUCCUCGACCCAACCGAGGACUUAGUCUGUCUAUCACCACCCCGCAGAAGACGGUCGUCUUCCUCGUCCUCCUCCCUAUCAGCAGGUUACUCGCCACUCCCUGACGAAGAGUUAGACGGCCCCUCAACGCCUGUGCCCCAUCGGCUCGCUUUAGGUGGUAUCGACACCCACGAAAAAGAAAUAGAGCCCUCCUACCGAAGCCGGUCCUCGUCGUACUCCUCCGCUAUUUACACACCAGAGAACUCCCACAGCGCUACAGAAGACCGUUCUCAUCAGACCUCACAGCCUAACACGCAGAUGUUACCAACACCAACUUCCUCACCAACAUCAGCACCAACACUCAUUCUUCCGGCCAGGCCACAUUCCCCUGACACGGGAAAGCAAACGAUGGGCCUGGCGACACAGGGUGACAAGAAUGAAGUCAAGAAUACCGCCCUGCUCGUGACAUUGGCGAUUUUGCUUGCUGCUGUAACGCUACCUCUGGUUACGGACUUAGCGGGACGUGUGGCUGUGGCAUCGGUUGUUGGGUUGGUUGUGGCGUCUGUGAGGAGGGGGUGA